CUUGAUCGUUCGAAACCAUCAACAAAGUGGUUAGACAUAUUUAACAUCAUUAACUACUGCACAGGUACGAUAACUUAACGAAAAGAAAAUACUUGUCACAUUAAGUUAGGCGGGCGGACAUAUACUUCCGAGACUUAUUUGUGAAUUUAUAUCUUUUCUAUAAUCCUAUUUUAGUGAAAAUCAUUAAUUUUUAUAUUAGCCAUUUUUUAUAUACCACGAAGUAAAUGAGUUCCAAUAAUUUACCCCAAGAGUAUCCCUUACGGAAUGUACAAGCUCGAUUUGAUUAUAAGUUAUUUAAUCCAAAUGGGAAGUUAUCCGAUUCAUGGCUUCAGAAUCAGUAUCAACGAUUAUCUAUCCAAACUACUGAUGUGCCACUUGGUCAACUCCCACUUGCUCAACUACCACUACCACUACCAAUACCAUCAUCAAGAGAUAGUAGAAAUAGAAAAAGAAUAAGAAAUGGUAGAGAAUUUCCCGGUGAAGAAGGAUACGAAAAGGAAAGUACGGAUUCUGGAGAUGAAAUGUUAAUAUCCGAUACUGAUUCCAAUAGUCAAAUAUCUAAUCAAGGAGGAUUUAAUUCAAGAGAUAAUAGUUUAGCUCAUCCUCCCAAGAGAAGAUUAACUACUUCAGCUUUAAGUGAUAUUAGUAGUAAUAAUUUAUCAUUUAAUCAAGAUCAAACGACUAUAGAUAUUCAACGUCAAACUAAUUCUGAUCAUAAUAUUAUUACCACGGGUCAAUUACCUCGAACUCCAAAUGUAAUGAAUUCUCCAAGUCAUACUCCAGUAUCCGAUUUUGAAGAAGAACAACCUCAACAAUUACCUUUACCAUCUCCAAGUGCAUCCCCUGUACAAUCGGUUGAUACUAAAACUCCAGUUUAUGAUCAAGUUGAAAAUCAAAUUAUAAGAAUCCCCAAUACUCAAAAUGAAUUUUUAGAUACUCUCAUUAAAUUAUCAGGAUAUUUAAAUGAAAGAAAUCAAACUCAUUUAGUUUAUAAAUUAUUACAAAAUGUUAAUCGAUCAUCUUUAAGUUCAUUAAAUUGUUUAAUUCAUAAUUCAUUAAAGAGAGAUUUAAUAAGUAAUUUCCCAUUAGAAAUUACUUUACAAAUUUUAUCUUAUUUAGAUCAUAAAACUUUAUUAUCAAUAUCAAGUGUUUGUAAAAGUUGGUCAGAAAUUAUUAAUAAUAAUUCAAUUUGGAUUGGAUUAUUAAAAAGAGAUAAAUUUAUUACUGAUGAAAAAAUUAUUCAUCAAGAAUUAUCUAAUAGUAAAGAACUUAUUAAAGAAUGGGGUAGUACAACAUCAGGAGUUAAAAUUAAUCUUGCAGAAACUUUAUAUAAGAAAAGGUAUACUAUUUAUAAACGAUGGAUGAAUCCAACUUAUCAACCAAAAAGAAUAAGUGUACCAGUUACUGGUCAUGGUAGUAAAGUUGUUACAUGUUUACAACAUGAUGAUGAUAAAAUUGUUACAGGAGUUGAUGAUAAAUCAAUAAUUAUUUAUAGUACAAAAACUGGUGAAUUAUUAAGAGUAUUAGAUGGUCAUGAAGGAGGAGUUUGGGCUUUAAAAUAUACUGGGAAUACUUUAGUAACUGGUUCAACUGAUAGAACCGUUAGAGUUUGGAAUAUUAAAACUGGUAAAUGUACUCAUGUAUUUCGAGGUCAUACAUCAACUAUUAGAUGUUUAGAUAUAAUUCAUCCAGCAAUUAUUGGUAAAGAUUUAAAUGGUGAUGAUAUAAUUUUUCCUCAAUUUCCAUUAUUAGUUACUGGAUCAAGAGAUCAUAAUAUUAAUGUUUGGAAAUUACCAAUAUGUAAUGAAGAUGAAGAUGAUAACGAUAUUGAUGAAAAUAUUGAAGAAAGAGUAUUUGAUAGUAAUGAAGCUGAUAAUCCAUAUUUAAUUACUGUAUUAUCAGGUCAUACUGAUUCAGUUAGAUCUGUUUCUGGUUAUGGUAAUAUAAUUAUAUCGGGAUCUUAUGAUUCAACCGUUAGAGUAUGGGAUUUAUUAAAUAAUGGACAAUGUAGAUAUGUGUUAAAGGGUCAUCAACAUAAAGUUUAUUCUACUGCAAUUGAUUUUUCAUCAAAAACAUGUUUUUCAGGUUCAAUGGAUUCAAAUAUUAAUAUUUGGAAUUUUGAAACAGGGAAAUUAUUAAAGACAUUAGAAGGUCAUUCAUCAUUAGUUGGAUUAUUAAAUCUUCAAGAUGGAGUAUUAGUUUCUGCAGCAGCAGAUACCACAUUAAGAAUAUGGGAUCCUAAAACUGGUGAAUCAUUAACUAAAUUAAAAGGUCAUACUGGUGCUAUAACAUGUUUUGAACAUGAUGGAUUUCGAGUGGUUAGUGGUAGUGAUAGAAUGUUAAAAUUAUGGGAUGUAAAAGAUGGGAAAUGUACCAGAGAUUUGUUGACCGAUGUAACUGGGAAUAUUUGGCAAGUUAGAAUUGAUUAUAAAAGAUGUGUAGCAGCCGUUCAAAGAUUAGCUGAUGAUGAUGAAAAUGAAACUUUUAUUGAAAUCUUAGAUUUCAGUGAGCCAUAUCAUAAAAAUAAUGAUAAUGAUAAUAACAAUAACAAUAACAAUACUUGAUUUGCUUAUUAAAAAGUCGUUAUCCUUUGCAUAUGACAUCUAUGUUUAUUACUUUUA